AUGACAGAUGAAGGCCAAGGCGCCGUACGGAAGCGUGCUGAGGACACGAUGCAGGAAGUGAGAGAAGAAGAUGUCUCGCACGAAUAUGUCCAAGCUUGCCAAGAUAUACUAGGGCAUCAAGCUGCUCAAAACUCGCAGGGACGUCCGCAAGAGUUGUGGGAGACUAACCGCUUGAAGUGGGUCGCAUUUCAGCACAACCAGCGCGCUGAAAAGACUUGUGUAAGGCUACGCGAAGCUGAAGACGUGCCAGGGUUUCGUGAGCCGACACCUAAAGGCAUCGCAGACCAUCCCCUCGAGAUGCUCAGUCUCCAUCUGCCAGUGUUCGAUUCCGUGCUUGCCAAGGUGCGUGGAGAGUACGAUUUCAGUGUUUGUAUCUAA